AUGGCCAUCGUCGGCGCGAAAGAAGAACACGUCGAUCCGCAGUUGACGCGGAUCGCGCAGAACGACAAGAAGGUAUGGUACAAAAAGCCGAAUCUGAGGUUCUUGUACCUUAUCCUCAUCCCGACCGGUCUCGGCGUGGAGUGGACCUCCGGAUUUGACUCUUCAAUGAUGAACAGUCUUCAAGCCGUGGAAUCAUGGUUUGAAUACUUUGGUCGCCCCAAUUCUUCUCGACUCGGUCUUCUCAACGCCAUGUACUCCCUCGGUGCUCUCAUGGCUAUUCCCUUCGUCCCUAUUGCGAGUAACUACCUCGGCCGUCGUCGCACAAUCCUCCUUGGUUCAUGGAUCAUGGUUUUGGGAGCGGGUCUUCAGGCUGGCUCUCGAAACCAGGACAUGUUCUUGGCCUCACGUUGGGUUCUUGGUUUCGGCAUCCCCUUCGCGAUCAUCAACGCGUCUUCUCUGCUGGGAGAACUCUCAUAUGCCAAGGAACGAUCCAUCAUGACGAGUCUAUUCAACGCUUCCUGGUUCGUGGGAGCGAUUAUUGCCGCAGGCGUGACAUACGGCACGUUUCAAAUGACCAGUACUUGGGCAUGGAGAAUCCCCAGUCUUCUUCAGCUAGUGCCCAGCGCGUGCCAGAUCUGCUUCAUGCCCUUCUGCCCCGAGUCGCCCCGAUGGCUCAUCUCGAAAGACCGAGGCGACGAAGCAUUUGCAAUCCUGCAGAAGUACCACAGUGAAGGCGAAAACGGCGACGAGUUCGUGCGUCUUGAAUACGCCCAAAUCCAGUCCACCAUUCAACAAGAGAAGGCGGUUGCCAGCAAGUUCGCUUGGGGCGAUGUCUUUAGAGAUGCUGCCAUGCGCAGACGAUUCAUGAUUGCAGGCAUUGUCGGCUUCUUCACGCAGUGGAGUGGAAACGGCCUCCUGUCUUUCUACAUGAAGAAGAUUCUUAACCUUGUCGGAAUCACCGACAACCGAACUGUCCAGAAGAUCAUCCUUAGUAACACCUGCUGGGGCACCGCAUGCGUUUACACCGUCUGGACUAUUGCCUCUGCUAGGUUCGCAAUUGAUGGAUCUAAAGCAGCCGCGAUUCCCGUUCUGGUCUUCAUCUACCUUUACUCGCCAUAUACCUACAUGGUCGAGAUUUUCCCAUAUACCGUCCGGUCUCAGGGUAUUGCCGUUGAGCAACUCACUGUCAGAUUCGCCGUCUUCUUCAACACCUACGUCAAUCCCAUUGCCCUAGACAGCAUAGGCUGGAAGUACUACUGUGUAUACUGCGUUUGGAUCCUUGUUGAGAUCGCGACCGUCUACUUUGUCUUCCCUGAGACAUACGGCCGAACUCUCGAAGAGCUCAGCUUUAUGUUUGAGGGCAAGGAAGUGCAGGACAAGGUGCAGAAGAACACUCAGAAGGUACUCCAAGUUGAACUCGAAGAUGUGGGCACGCGUGGUGGCUCCCGAGAGGAAGCGCGGGACACGAAGGUCUAG